CAAAGGCUCACUCAAACCUUCUCCUCAAUCGAAUCUUCCCUCAUAUCUGCCUUUCCCUCGGUGGCUGUGACGACCCCGACGCUUUGCUCGUCACCAACCUUAUCCAUGACGUCGCGGAACAUCGGGACAAAGUUGCAGCAGACUGCGUAGGCCCAAGGCACGACGUGGAAAGCGACGGGAACCACGAAUCCAAUCGCAGUGGAAUUGUGCAUGUCUGCGACCUUCGCUAUUCAUAGUCAGUCACGCACCACAAGCGCCACCGACAACUCCAGCGAUGAUCCAUCCACUCCCGCGCUUCGUGUGCCGGCCAAGUCCCCGAAUUCCCAGCGCGACGAUUGUCGGGAAGCACACGCUCUCGAAGAACAGACACAGCAUGAGCAUUGCGAGGCCCUUGUUCCCUGUCUGCGUCACGGACGCCGCAGCAAACGCGAUCACGAGCGAGAUGUACGUGAAGAACACUUUCCGUGGCCGGAUGCGCGUCAUGAGCGCCGAGCCAGAGAACCGGCCAGCUGCGAAACAACCCUGAGCACCGGCGAGGAAGGACGCGGCGAGCUGGUUGGUCGUGUUGGCGCGCGUCUCGGUCAUGUAGUUGAUGAAGUAAGUUGCGAGGGCCACUGCGCGCGGCGUGUGAGACUUAUGAAGAGACAUUGCGGUUCAUACCAGACACACCUUGUGCGCCAGUGUAGCAGAACGACGCAAAUCCAGCGAAGAACAACUUGUACUGCUUCCGGAAUGGUUUAUCGCCCGCGUCUCCGCCCGCGUGAGUUCUCCCAGCUUGUUCGGCCAUGUCCGUGUCUACCGAGAGUGAAAAGAAGAAAGAAGUCUCAGUUCGUGUCGGAGAACCGUGCCAAGGCGAACCCACCUGUGACUUCAGGGAUAACCGAGAAAAAGAACACGACCGCGAGGCAGAACACGAAGAUCGCAAUGGCAAGGUACACCCACUGCACCGUCUUAAGCGAGUUGACCGAAUCACCCGUCUGCUUGAAGAACACGUAGGAUCCCAGGACGGGCCCGAUGACCGACCCGAUGGCUUGCACGGCUUGGGCAAUGUUAAUCCGAACCUCGGCGUACUGAGGCGGGCCCGUAACUGAUUGUUCGUGUGAUUUUAGAUUUCCCGCAUCGAGAGAGGGAAGAGCAAGCUGCGCACCAGCCAUGUAAGGAUUCGCGGCGGUCUCCAAACACCCGAGCCCACUCCCAAUGAUGAACGUUGCUCCACAAAACCCGCCGAAACUGCGCUUGAGCGCCGCGGGCCACAUCAAGAGCGCACCGAUGCCCUCGAGCACCAGCCCGAGGAUGAAGACGGCGCGGUAGCCGUAGUUGCGCAGGACCCAGUUGCCAUAGCCCAGGGACGCGAGAGGAUAGGCCCCGAAAUACGCCGCUUGGAGGCCUGACGAGCGCGUGCGGGUGAUAUUGAGUGUGUUUUGGAAGUGUUUGUUGAGGGUGUCGAGCAAGCCGUAUGCAAAGCCCUGUCGUAGUGGACGGUUCAGAGAAUGAUACAAGAGACAUGGCUUGAGAGCAAAUGGGACGCACCCAGAGGAAGUACAGAAUCGUUACCAGGAAGAGCGGCCAAAGCGUCUCCCUGAGCGUCAAGUU